UCCGAUCAGUUCAGUAAUCGUCGUGCAGUUCAACAGGCAAGAAGCUUCGGAACCAGUGUACUAGAAAGUGUGUUCGUCCUAGCGCAGGAACUCAACUUUGAAACGCAAUUGCAUUCAGUAAGGUCUCAAUUGUAAAAGGAAGUGUCCACACUGAACCGUAUCCAGUACCAAACGCAUCAUGGGGAAGUCGGUAGUGCUACUGACACUACUGUAUGUCGGCUAUGCCGCUGCAGCUUCUGCAUCGUGGUCCGAAGAUAUUUCAGUGCACAAUAACCAAGCGGUAACAGGAAUACACUACUCGCAGCAUGAAUCCUCGGUUAAUGCAGCACGACGAGCGGCCGCAGAGCGUCUACAACAGCACCAGGCCGCAUCAUUAGUGGCCGCAAGUGCACCUGGUCCUUGUGAUACACUGUGCUACAAUGGCUACGCGGCCGAUGCCAGCGAUGUAGAAACAAUCGGUCAGGGUAUCGUUGGAUUCACGUCAACCGGUACUGCCGGUGGUGCCGUAUCUGGAGCAUCGCAGAAGUAUUCGUCCAGCUCCUCGCGCGUCCACGAAUCCACCGUACAGAAUGUGCACGGCGCCGUCCCCAUCGUCUAUCCCGCCACCUCGACCGGUAGUCGAUCAAGUUUCAGCAGCUCAUCCUCCUCUAGGCAUCAUGCUGCAUCGCAGGUUGCUCAGCCGGUUCUGGGGCAACAGCUCUACGCUUCCCAGGGUCUCGAACACGGUCGUACACACUCCAAUGUAGUCGCCGCUGGAGGAGUUCGCGAAGGAACGUAUAUUCAGCCGGUGGUCUAUCCGGUCAUUGCUCCGAUCACUCAUACCUCACAGAGCACCUACGGCAGAUCAAGCACGGUAGUCAACCAGCGACCGGCUACGGAGACGGUCUACGUUCAGGUUCCGGUGUUCGACACAGCGUCGGUCAGCAACAGUAACUUCAACACUCGCUCCAGCUACGUAGCGUCCUCGGAUCAACAGCAGCAGGUGCAACCGAGCAGUUACUCGAACGCAGCCACCACUGGCUACACAAACCGGAACGAGUAUGCCUCGCAGCAGGAUCAACAGUAUCGUCGGUAUCCUGCGAAGGGCACCACCUACGUGCUGUACUCGAAACCUCUCGCUCCGGUUGGCACUUACUAUGCUCCAUCGCGAUCGCAUGUCGAAGACAGUGCCUCGAGCACCUACGAUGCUUCCGGGCGUGUAGUGAACCUGGCGGGUCCCCAGCGCACUCUCACCGAGCGCACGGACGAACAACGUACUCAGCGGGUACAAUCGGUUCACGAGAAUGUUGGUCGCGUUCUCCCGGACACUGGCGCUCCCCUGGAGGACACGUACGGUGACGAAGUUGAUAGCUAUGGUACUGUCGAUCGAUCAGACCAGCAUUCGUUGAGGGUAGCAACUGGCACAGCUUCUUCGUCCCAGCGUGCCGAGCACCAACAGCAUCAGCAUCAGCAACAGCAUCAGCAGCAACAACAGCAACAACAUCAGUACGUCCGCACUGGUUCGUACGUUCCGAUAGCCCCGACAGGAACAGCGAGUUCUCAGUCCCGGUACAGUAGCUCCGCUCACUCGACGGAAUCCCAACGACGCCAAACGUAUCAGCCGGUUGUUCAUCUGGAUACUCCACUGGUAAGCCAUGGUGUGGCUGGUGCUGGUUCUAGCGUGGACUCCUCCCAAUACGAAAGUACAUUGGAGCAGCGUCGCCAGAGUAGUGCGGGUUACGUGCCGGUUGUCGCUCAACCGGUACCAUCCGGUGUAUCGAGCUCCUCCAACCGCUAUCAAAGUGCUCACGAGCAACGCAGCAACACUCUUACUGCCGGCACAACCGGUAAUCCUGGAGGAUAUUACAAUGGAGCCGUUGGUACGGGUGGUGGUUAUGGAUCGCAAUACGCGGCAAAGACGAGCUCGGCACACAGUAGCAGUAGCAGCAGCAGCAAUCGCUACAAUAAGGCUGGAUCGUCAAAUCUGCAGUACUAUCCGAUUACGAACGAUGAGAUGGGCCGUCGGUUUGGUGGCGUCGGUGGCAGUACCACGGGACUCGGUGCUAAUGCGGAUCUCGAAGGUAUCAUGAGCGAGACGGAGCUGCUGGCACGCGAACAGGCUCAGAAUGUGCACAACGGAGCGGUGACCGGUAGUGGAACGAUUGAUUUGGAAAGCCAGCGUGAUGAGGAUGGAUUGGGCCGACUGCCGGGAGGAUUCCAGAAAACCAAAUCCUGGUCCAGCAGCUCGAAGUGGGCCUCGGAACAGCGGUACGGUUCUGAUGGGAAGCCGAAGACCUACAGCAUGCUGUCGACGGCCGAGAGCGAGAAGCAUAAUAUCAAUGGCAAAACGACGGGUUAUAAGGCGGCCACCACUACGCUCGAGGAUGAUGGUAAGGUCAGCACGUACAGUCUGCACACGGCGUGAGACAGAUGAUUGCGAAAGAGGAAGAAAAGGAGAAGAAGCAAGAGGAUGAGAUCAUUUGGGUCUAAUUAAGCCAUUAAUUUAUGUCGAUUGUUUUAAGAAGCGUGGACCAAUAAACGCUAGAAUCUAGUUACGAACGGUUA